AUGAUUUGCUGGGGUGAGCGCAAUUGCUGUGGCGUCUUCGUGGAUCGAUCGAAAUAUGAUCGUUGUGAUUGUUUGCGGGAUACCUGUAUCAGGGACUUUCCACCCGAGGAGCGGAUUACGGUGAAAGAGAGCGAACUGGAUCAGGUGGUGGAUCGUCUAUAUUUCAAUAACGACGAAUAUUUACACGAGGUGGACGAGAUGCUGGCGAUCAAGAACAUAUCAAACGAUUACAAACACAAAAAGGCAUCAAAGCAGAUCAUCGAUCGUUUGGCCCAGCGCCUAAUUGAGCUCAAUUUCGAUGUGGAGGUCGAGGAGAUAAAGCCGGAGGAACUUGAUAAGGCAACGCAUUAUGUGAUCUUCGCCAAUUAUUUUUCCACACCCGCCAAGAACGUGGUGCUCGUCUAUGGGCAUGUGGAUGUGCCGAACGUGACAGAUGACGAUGGCUGGAUGAAGCAUCCCUUCAAGCUAACCCAAAAGAAUGAAACUCUCUAUGGCAAUGGAUUGACUACCACGAAGGGACCCGUCCUGUGCUGGUUGCAGGCAACCCAGGCUUGGAUGGAGGAAACGGACGAUCUGCCGGUGAACCUGAGAUUCAUUAUCAACACCUACGACGAUAGCAACAAUCAGCCCCUGCGACGAAUCAUCAAAGAGCGGGAGAUUUUCUUUAAGGGCGUUGAUCUGUUGAUAACCAACACAAACCUGUGGAUCACACCGGAUACACCAAUGCUAACCACUAGCCACAGCGGCUACAUUUACUUUGAAUUGGAGAUAAAUAAGAAAGAGGAGCCCGAACGGAGUUCAACAACAGAUGAAGUCGACCCAACGAUUACCAGGCCAAAGCAUGAGCCCCUGGUGGAGCUGUGCUUGCUAAUGAACACCCUAUCCGAUCCGAAGAGCUCCCUGUCGGAGGGUCUGCAGCGUCAUGUGCUGCCCGUGACACACCACGACUGGGACAUACUCUGCCGCGCCGAGGUGGGCAUCAUGGAGUACAAGGAUAAAUACGAUCUGAAACGUCUGCCCCACGAGCAGUCCAAGCCGCUGUUCCUCAAGCAUCGCUGGUGCAUGUCCGCCCUGGUGCUGCACAGCGUGGAGCAUCGCUUAUACUCGAGCCUGCGCGAUUUCCAUAAGCCCAGGCGCAUAAGGGCCAAUUUCUCCGUGAAGCUGGUGCCCGAUCAGAGUGUCGAAUAUGUUAUCUUUUUGGUUCGCCAGCACUUGGACUGUGCCUAUUGCCGGCUCAAGUGCGGGCAUCCCGCCCAUCUGCGUGUCGUGGACUCGCUGAAGCCGCUAAACGAGGCAAGGCAUGCACCCUUCAAUCUGUCCGCCUACCGCGCAUACGAGCGUGUGUACAACGUCCAGGCAGCCAUUCCGGAUACCGUCCACGUCUGCAUGCCCAUGAUGAACGAGCUGCGCAAGUAUUGCACCAAAAACGCACAGGUGGUGGGUCUGCCCUUCAGCUCCAUACACACAUGGAUCGGCAAGCCGGAUGAGAGCAUGAGCCUUGAAGAGUAUCAGAAGAAUCUUGAGCUCUAUGCAACAAUGUUAUACGAGGUGGCGAUCGUGCCGCCCGAAUGCAAGUGCACCGAAAUCAAGGACUUUUGCUUCGAUAAGGGCAAAACGUACGAGCACGACUUUAUACGCAUGAUGGAGCCCCGAGUGGCCGACACAUCCCACGUCCUCUACGAGCUGGACGAGACUGAGAUCGAAAACAUGCCGCGCGAGGACGAACCCUUCCCCAACAUGCGCCAAAUGCUGUUGGGUGAAACAAAGAAGAAAACCCAGUUAGACUAA